UGUUCUAAAAAGCUUCAAUUUUGAAAGCAUUUUACCCAGAGCUGUGAACAGCUAGCCCGCUGCCUGCCAACCACCGGUGCGGCGCAUGCACGCCACGCUGGCGGCAACGUGCGUGAUGGAGCCCCUCGAUCGUCCUCCACGCGCAAAACACAAGCUGGCCGGAGCACGGAUGGACGGACGGAGUACCACCCAACACGAAACGUACCUGCACACCUACACCCGCUCCUUCCUCCCGGAUUCCCUUCUGAUUUUCCCUCUGUAAAAAAACGUGGGUCGCGCACCGACAUCGUCGGUCGAGGCAAUCAUCGCCCCUGUCCGAUGUCCUUUCUCUGCACACCUGGAGUUGAAAGGCGUACUAUAUAAUCUGAUGCGCAUGUGGUCAUGUGCCGUUGCGUGAUCCGAGUACAGAGUGCCGCUGUCGGUCGCCGCCGUCGUCUCCAUUGCCAUUGCCAAAGGAGGCUCUAGCUCGCGUGUGCCUCCUACCCUACCGGCCUCUAGUCCUGCUCCUGCCCCGGCAAGCUGCCAGGUUACUCGGCUAAUCCUCGCUCGCCUCCUCCUCCCUCUCACCGGGCACGGUCCCGGCGUCCUAGCUAGCCACCCUUCCCGUGUGCGCCGGCGUACAGUCCUUGUCGCCGCGCUCACCCGCCGCGCGCGCGUUCUGGUGGUGCGAAGCGCGAUGGCGUCGUCGUGGGCGCUUCUGGCAGCGGUGCUGCUGGCGACCCACGGCGUGGCGGCGGUGUCUGGCGCCCGGGCGGCGGCGGACGCUACACGGCUGCCGUCGUCGGGGCCGGGGUUCCGGGAGGCGCCCGCGUUCCGGAACGGCGACGGGUGCCCGCCGCGGGGGGCGGGGGAGCGCGUGCACAUCGCCAUGACGCUGGACGCCAACUACCUGCGCGGCACCGUCGCGGCCGUCUUCUCCAUCCUGCAGCACACGGCGUGCCCGGAGGACGUGUCCUUCCACUUCCUGGCGGCGCGGCGGCGGGACGCCGACGCCGUGCGCGCCACGUUCCCGUACCUGGACCCCAGCGUGUACCUCUUCGACCCGGCCCGCGUCAGCGGCCGCAUCUCCCGCUCCGUGCGCCACGCGCUGGACCAGCCGCUCAACUACGCGCGCAUCUACCUCGCCGACACGCUGCCCCGCGCCGUGCGCCGCGUCAUCUACCUCGACUCCGACGUGGUGGUCGUGGACGACGUGCGCAAGCUCUGGUCCGUGGACCUCGACGCCGGCGGCGGCCACGUGGUGGCGGCGCCCGAGUACUGCCACACCAACUUCACCAAGUACUUCACCGACGCCUUCUGGUCGGACCCGCGGCUCAGCGCCACGUUCCGGCAGGGCCCGCACCGGCGCCGGCGGCCGUGCUACUUCAACACGGGCGUGAUGGUGAUCGACGUGGCGCGGUGGCGCGCGGGGGGAUACUCGCGGCGGGUGGAGGAGUGGAUGGCGAUCCAGAAGGAGGAGAAGCGGAUCUACAGCCUGGGGUCGCUGCCGCCGUUCCUGCUGGUGCUCGCCGGGGAGAUCAUGCCGGUGGACCACCGGUGGAACCAGCACGGGCUCGGCGGGGACAACGCGGAGGGGAGGUGCCGGAGCCUCCACCCGGGCCCCAUCAGCCUGCUGCACUGGAGCGGGAAGGGGAAGCCGUGGCUGCGGCUCGACACCCGGAAGCCGUGCACCGUCGACUACCUCUGGGAGCCCUACGACCUCUACAAGGCCGCCGCGGCCACCGCGAUCGAGGAGUGAGCCGCCGCCGCCGCCGCGGUCGAGGAAUGAGCCGCCAUGACCAGUCGAUCGGUUCGACUGAGAGCUGGCACUGGUCGAGCUGAGAGGCAGGCAGAUCGAAGAGGAAACACGACGUAUCAUACGGGCGCGAGGAUCGGAGAGCAAGUUUGUCAUUCGGGAGAGCUCGAAGAAUUUUGCGAGGGAAGCAGAGGGGAUCGAAUUCCCAUUUUUUUUCUUGGGGGUGGUCAUCGUGCAAUUGACAUUUCUGCCCUUGGAUUGUAUAUAUAUAUAUACAGGACACGUCACACGUGGGUGGGUCGGGCCGCAGGUUUUGUACUCCA